UCUCGAAUCCCCUCAGACCCCAAAACCAGGGCUUCGCUCGCUCCCUCUGGAGAAAUCCAGCGGCCAUGGAGGAACCGAAGCACAGAUCGAGCAGAGAAGAUGUCGAGAGGAAGGAAGAUUCUCGAAGGGACCGGGAUCGAGAUCGGGAUCGGGAGAAAGAGCGGCAUCGAGAGAAGGAUAAGGAUAAGCACAGGGAUCGCGAGUCGGAGAGGGAUAGAGAGAGGGAGAGGGAGAAGGAGAAGAGGGCAAGAGAACGCGAGAAUGAGAGAGAAAGGGAGAGGGAGAGGGAGAGGGAGAAGGAGAGGGUGAGGGAGAGGGAGAGGGAGGAGAGGGAAAGGGAGAAGGAGAGGGAAAGGGAGAGGGAGAGGGAGAGAGAAAGAGAGAGGGAGAGGGAGAGAGAAAGAGAGAGGGAGAGGGAGAGGAGGAAGAGAGAGGAGAGAGAAAGGGAGCGGGAAAGAGAGCGGGAAAGAGAGCGAGAGGAUCGAGAGAGGGCGAGGGAGAAGCGGAGGGAAUUGGAACGAGAUGAUGACAGAGAUCUUGAAGAUAGCAGAGAGCAUGAUCGAAAGAGGCGAAGGAGAGGGGAUUCUCGAGAUCGGGAUCGAGAGCGAGAACGGAGCAGCCGACAUCGAGAAGGCAGUGAAGAUAGAAGGAAGAGGGCAGAGGAGGAGCCGGAGGAGAGGAAGAAGACCCGAGAAGAGGAUCUUGAAGAGGAGCAGAGGAAGCUUGACGAGGAGAUGGAGAAGAGGAGGAGGAGGGUUCAAGAGUGGCAGGAGAAGAGGAAGAAGGAGCAGCAGGAGAGGGAGAAAACGGGCGAGGCUAAUGGUGAGGAACAACCAACUGCUGGUAAGAACUGGACUUUGGAAGGGGAGUCAGAUGAUGAAGAAACCAAAGAAAUGGCCGUGGAUGAUGAGGCGAAGCCUAAUGGAGAAGAAGAUGGUGCUAUGGCAGUUGAUAAUGGUGAGGGUGUGGCUAAUGGUGAUGCUAAUGGGGAGGAGGAAAUUGAUCCGCUUGAUGCUUAUAUGAACUUGGAGGUACUGCCGGAAGUAGAGAAGCUGGCUAACACUGAGACAGUUGUAAUGGAUGUAGAUAAGUCCAAACUGGGAAAGACAGCAGCUGAAGGUGGGAUAAGUAAUGGGAAUCAAUCAAAGAAUGGUGGAAAGAAUACAAUGGGGAGGAUUAUUCAGGGUGAAGAUUCAGAAUCUGAUUAUGAGGAGCCUGAGAACGAUGAGGCCCCAUUGGAAGAGGAAGAUGAUGAUGAGUUCAUUAAAAGGGUGAAGAAGACCAAGGCUGAGAAACUAUCAAUUGUUGACCACUCAAAGAUUCAGUACCCACCAUUUAGGAAGAAUUUCUAUAUUGAGGUGAAGGAGAUAGCAAAGAUGAGUGCCGAUGAGGUUGCAGCUUAUAGGAAACAGCUUGAGCUGAAGUUACAUGGAAAAGAUGUGCCUAAACCCAUCAAAACAUGGAACCAAACAGGACUAACAAGCAAAAUCUUGGAUACGAUCAAGAAGCAUAAUUUUGAGAAGCCAAUGUCCAUUCAAGCUCAGGCGCUGCCCAUAAUUAUGAGCGGUCGAGACUGCAUUGGAAUUGCAAAGACUGGUUCGGGUAAAACACUAGCUUUCGUAUUACCAAUGUUGAGACAUAUUAAAGACCAACCUCCUGUUGUGCCUGGUGACGGCCCCAUUGCACUUGUUAUGGCUCCAACUCGAGAGCUUGUCCAACAAAUUCACAGCGACAUUAGGAAAUUCUCCAAGGCCCUGGGUAUAAACUGUGUGCCAGUUUAUGGAGGCUCUGGUGUAGCUCAGCAAAUUAGCGAUUUAAAGCGAGGUACUGAAAUUGUAGUGUGCACUCCUGGUAGAAUGAUUGAUAUUCUUUGCACUAGUGGUGGUAAAAUUACUAAUCUUCGUAGGGUUACCUAUUUGGUUAUGGAUGAAGCUGAUCGAAUGUUUGAUAUGGGGUUUGAACCCCAGAUUACUAGAAUAGUUCAAAACACACGACCAGAUCGUCAGACAGUGCUAUUUUCAGCUACUUUUCCUCGUCAGGUCGAAAUACUAGCGAGAAAGGUCUUGAACAAGCCUGUUGAAAUCCAGGUUGGAGGAAGGAGUGUCGUAAACAAGGAUAUUGCUCAGCUAGUUGAGGUCAGACAAGAAAGUGAAAGGUUCCUAAGGCUCCUAGAGUUAUUAGGGGAGUGGUAUGAGAAGGGAAAAAUCCUUAUCUUUGUUCAUUCACAAGACAGAUGUGAUUCAUUGUUCAAGGACUUGAUUAGGCAUGGUUAUCCUUGCCUCUCACUUCACGGGGCCAAGGACCAGACAGAUCGAGAAUCCACCAUUUCCGAUUUCAAGAGCAAUGUUUGUAACCUUUUAAUAGCUACUAGUGUUGCUGCCCGAGGUUUAGAUGUGAAGGAGCUUGAGUUGGUGGUAAACUUUGAUGCUCCUAAUCACUACGAAGACUAUGUUCAUCGUGUGGGCCGAACUGGUCGAGCAGGCCGAAAGGGUUGUGCAAUCACGUUCAUUUCAGAGGAAGAUGAGAGAUAUGCACCGGACCUUGUAAAGGCUCUCGAACUCUCUGAACAAGCUGUGCCGGAAGAUCUAAAGGCACUUGCUGAGGGGUUCAUGGCCAAGGUGAACCAGGGAACAGAACAAGCCCAUGGCACUGGUUAUGGUGGAAGCGGGUUCAAAUUUAAUGAGGCAGAAGAAGAAGCUAGAAAAGCUGCAAAGAAAGUGCAGGCAAGGGAAUAUGGGUUUGAGGAAGAUAAGUCGGAUUCAGAUUCUGAUGACGAUGGAGUUCGAAAGGCUGGAGGUGAUCUAUCUCAGGCUGCUGCACUUGCUCAAGCUGCUGCCUUGGCUGCAGCAACAAGGGCUGCUAAUCCUGCAGUGCCUGCCCCCGGGGUUGCUGGUCAGUUGCUGAAUACGCCUGGUCUUGCUAUACCAAAUGCAACGGCACUUCCUUCAGUGGCUGCUCUUGCGAAUGAGGCAACAGCUCGGGCAACUGCAUUAGCAGCUGCUAUGCAUUUACAACAAACAUUGGGAAAGAUUCAGGCCAAUGCCAUGCCUGAACAUUAUGAAGCAGAGUUGGAGAUCAAUGAUUUCCCACAGAAUGCUCGAUGGAAGGUUACACAUAAGGAGACUUUGGGUCCAAUUUCAGAGUGGACUGGGGCAGCAAUUACUACAAGGGGUCAAUUCUUUCCUGCAGGUAAGAUUCCUGCCCAAGGAGAGCGCAAGCUGUACUUGUUCAUAGAAGGUCCAACUGAAUCUUCUGUUAAGAAAGCUAAAGCUGAAGUGAAGCGGGUUCUGGAGGAUCUCUCAACCCAGAUUGUAUCUCAAUCUGGUACCGGCCAACCAGGCAAGUACUCUGUCAUUUGAGGGUUAUGGUCGCUCAUGGCGUGAAUGGAAUUCACUUAAUGGAAAUUCUUUUCCUUCCUCUUUUUGUCAAAUAUUUCAUAUUGACGGCUUUUCUUUCUGCCUAGAGACGUAAAUGGGGCUGCUAUUCGUUUGUACUUCUUUUAAACAUCUUCUGAUACUAUUCAAGGACACUAGUUUUGCAUAUCUGGGACGCCAUUUUCUAGUAAAACUUAAGAGUGUUACUUGGUUGUUGGCAUAAAUUUUCUCCCCUAGUUUCUUUGCCUAAGUUUUCGAAUUCGUUAUGAAAAUGGUAAUUUAUUGUAAUGGCUUUAUAUGAGCUUCCACUGUGUUAUUAUUAGUAGUUUCUUUGGAGCAUGUUUGGCAACCUACUUAUUUUAAAUUAUAUGUAUGCUUUUAGUUAUAAGGAUUCAAGAUUAUAUUUGGUAAAGUUUGCUUAUUUACUUUAAAAUAUUAAAUAGUGAUGGCUUUUCUUUCUGUCUAGAGUCGUAAAUGGUGCUGCUAGUCAUUUUGUAGUUCUUUCAAACAUCUUCUGAUGCUAUUCAAGGACACUAGUUUUGCAUAUCUGGGACACCUUUUUUAAGCAAAAAUUAGGAGUGUUACUUGGUUGUUGGCAUAAAUUUUCUCCACUAGUUUCUUUGCCCAAGUUUCAGAAUUCGCUAUGAAAAUGGUAAUUUUAUUGUAAUGGCUUUAUAUGAGUUUCCACUAUGUUAUUAUUAGUAGUUUCUUUGGAGAAUGUUCGGCAACCUACUUAUUUUAACUUAUAAGUAUGCUUUUAGCUAUGGGGAUUCAAGAUUAUGCUUGGUAAAGUUUGCUUAUUUACCUUCAAAGACUUAAUAUUGAUGGCUCUUUUUCUGUCUAGAGAUGUAAAUGGUGCUGCUAUUCAUUUUGUACUUCUUUCAAACAUCUUCUGAUACUAUUCAAGGACACUAGUUUUGCAUAGCUGGGACUUCUGUUUCUAGUAAAAAUUAAGAGUGUUACUUGGUGUUCGCAUAAAUUUUCUCCCCUAGUUUCUUUGCCCAAGUUUCAGAAUUUGCUAUGAAAAUGGUAAAUUUAUUGUAAUGGCUUUAUAUGAGUUUCCACUAUGUUAUUGUUAGUAGUGUCUUUGGAGCAUGUUUGGCAACCUACUUAUUUUGACUUAUAAGUAUGCUUUUAGUUAUAAGGAUCCAAGAUUAUGUUCGGUAAAGUUUGCUUAUCUACUUAUUUUAACUUAUAAAUAGGAAAAGAAUAAUUUAGGAUUUCCAACUUAUUUCUUGGCAUUUAUAAUGAGAUGUAGAGUUUUGCAAUUUUGCAGCUGGAUUAGAUGAAUUAUGACCAUAAGAUUAAGAUAUAGGCCUCUUUAUGUAUGUUCGUCAUGAUCUGUCAAAACUUUGCAUUCACUUUAUGUAAGUCAACAUAAUAUAAUCUGAGGGUUUUUAUACGGAGUAUGAAUGCGUUUUUAGGUUUCUGAGUAAGCAUCAAUUAGUGGAGGAUUUAAAGCAAUGCGAUUGGACUUCCUAGAAAAGGAAUUAUGCAUGAGAAGAGUGGGGGUAUAAGAGUCUUAUUGUGGACUUCGACAGGAUUGGGAAGAUGGCGAAGUUUGUUCGUUGCUAUAAUUUCAUGUGUAGGUGCUGCAGUUUGGGUUUUGUGUGUGGGUUAUGUUUGAUGAUUUCCCAUACUAUCCAGUCGCUGAUUUCUGCCUUCCUCCUUAGUCCUUGGAUUUAGAGUUCAUCAUGUCAUGCCUGUGUCAGUAUGGUCAUAUGUGGUUCAGAAAGAUAUAUACUGUUGAUAUAGUUUCAUAGUGGUCCUUGAAAUAAUUUGGCGUUUGAAAUACAUGUGGGCGACUAGAUAUGCUCCAUACAUUUGGCAUCUUAUAUCAUUCAGAUUUGUAGCCAUAGCCCCUUUAAUACUAGUACGGUGGCUUUCAACUUAAAUCAUUUCAGGUUCAACCAAUCUGUAGUUGAUGUUGAGGAUAUGGAUUUCACCAUGGGAUUUGAAAUUCAUAGGUGUUUUGAUAUGGGUUGGGAUUCCUAAAACUUUGUUUGUUUCAACAAUAUUUUGGGAUUUGGAAUACUAUAAUUUGUAAUAUUUUGUUUGUUUCAAACUCAAAUUGUAGCAUUACAAAUUUUGGAAUUUAAAAUCCAUUGUUGUAGCAAACAAGUUUUAGGAUUACCAAGAGUUGUAACUCAAGCUUAUAAGGUAAUGCCAUCUCAACCUAACGUUGUUAAUUGUGCAAUACACUCAUUGUGUUAAUAUUUAAGUAAAAUAGUCAGAGGGGCUAACACAAAAAAUCAGUGUUGAUUCUAGGAUCACCUGAAUGCCUAGGCGUUCUUUAACAAAUUGAGCCACCUGAGCAUAUCCAAAUUCAGAGCCACCAAACCACUGGCUUCCGCGCUUCCCAAAUAGCAUGUCAGGCUUCACCAAUUUCAUGGAAGAAAGCCAUUGUUCAUUGUCCACUAAUUCAGUGAAAUCAGUUGUUUGUGUAACCGGAAAUUUUAAAAUAUUAACAUCACAAUUCAAGAUUGUCCACUAAUUUAAGAAAAGUAUACAACUACUUUUUCUCUUUUUUAGCUUAAACCUAAACCUGAUGACGAAUUAAACUAAAGAACAUAGAUCAUGCUAAGUGAACAUCGAUCAAGACAACAAAACAUACCAUUUAUCUGUAAUUUUGCUCGAUCGAUCGCAGUAAAUUCUCACUAAAUCUGAAGGAAGAAAGCAUUUAAAAUGAAAAUUAGAGGAGGAAAAAAAUGACCUGAGCGGAUCGGAUCUGGAGAUCAAUACCGGCGAUCCGCUUGAGGUGCUCCCUGAUGAGUCGCUUCGAGUCGUACUCUCGGAUCUUCUUCCUCGCCAUCGCAACGGGUUCGGAUUCGGAUGAGGAUCUCGACUGCUUGAUCCAAUAAGAGAGUGGGCUUGAAGGGGAGGAGGGGACAUAUAAGUAGCAGUAGUUGGAGUGGGGAUCUGCACGAGGACCCCCUACCUACUGCUCUGUGGAUUAAGGUGAGUCGUGAUGAUCAGAGGAGGAGGAGGAGGAGAGGAAACAGAGGCAGAGGAGGAAAUCAAGGGUUUGGUCAGGGGAGGAGAAGGUUCCGUUUUGGGGGAGGAGGGAUUGGAUGGAGAUGGAGUCGGAUCUGGUGGGGGUGUAAUGGGUUUGGGAGAGAAGGAAGCGGAUUUCAGCGGGAACUGGAAGCGGCGGGUAAAAAAAGAGGAGGGAGAAAGUGUGAGGAGGCGGUGAUAAUAUCGCCUCUUUCCGAAACCUGAACAUGGGUGAGUGGAAACUGACGUGGAGUGGGGUGUCAGAUAUCCCACCCCAAAUCCCCUCUAUUUUAUAGGAUGUUGCAAAUCCUAAAAAUGAGUACCUUUUUACAAUUUUAGAAUUUCAUAUGCCAAAUUUUUUUGGAAACAAACAUGAACUAUGGAAUUCCAACAAGCUCAAAAUGUCACUUUUUGAUCCUAGAAUUUGAAAUCCCACCUAAAUGCCAAAAUUUUUGUGAAACAAACACCCCCUAAGCUAAUCUUCUCUCAACGGAAAAGUGUUUUAGUGUGCAUAGAAGGAAACAGAGUUGUUAGUGCUAUCCCCAAAGCCAGAUCAUGUUGCGUAGUAGCUUGGAAAGAGGUUGGAACGUGGCAGACCGGUGAGCAAAGCAAGAUGGUUAUUGGGUUCUCUGACCUAGAGCACUCUCCUUCACUUGUAUGAAGAAACUCCUAUAAAACAUAGCUACCGCUCUAAUGAGACGGCUAACCCCCGGACUUGCAGUACAUUAUUGCAAGUCAACCAAAGGACUCGUCAGUUUCGACACAACUUCUUGGUUCUAAAACUGUCUGUUGGUAUAUAAAUUUUGAAUGAUGUUGCAUGCAAAACUUUUUAGUCCUUUGACUAAAGAACUCAGGGGGCUAAUCUUAUUAGUAUUUUUUUAGGAAUUACCUCAACCUCAUUCUUUGUUUCUUCCUUAUGCAUUUUCAAUUCCUUCUGCUUAUAGCAUGGUGUUUCCUAAUUUGAACAUGUUUUUUUUUCUUUUUCUUUUUUCCUUCCUGCAUGUGUGCGACUAGAAUAUGCAAUGUGUUUAUUUGUUGAACUAUGGAUGGCAAUCUGAAGUUACGAAUUUCAGUUAUGCCUGUGGUUCUUUUCUUUUGAAUGCUCAUGUUUUAAUUAUGAAUUUUUUUAUCUUUAUUAGAUGAGUCUUCUUUUGAUUUUGUUUUCUGUUCUUUUUUCCUUUUGGCACGAGCGACGUUAUUUGCUUCCACAUGUCAAAGCUAUAGCGCUUUUCUCAAGGUGGCGGUGGCUGCAGCUGAGGUGAGUCUCUUUCUCCCAGUGCAUACAAGUGCAUAUCAUCUCUCUUCUAGUGAGGUUUAUGAGUCAUAUGAAUGCACCUCAUCUCUCUUCUAGUGAGGUUUAUAUGAGUCUUGAUAUUCCAAGAGCUGGAAGUUUUAGUUAGUUGCGGCCAAUUCUGAUUAGCUUUUGCACUUGAACUUUGUUUUUUUUUUUUGCAAUAAAUGUCUGGUGGUUUAUGUUAUACCUCCCAUUUGACAUUUUGAAGUGAUAUUUCUUCUUCAGGAUUUGUCUCUCUUUCUCAGAUCUCGUGGGUCCCACGGGAGGUAUGCUAAAACUACCUGUGGAAAAUCAAAAGCCUUUGUCUUUCUCCUUUGUUUUCGCACAAAUUUCAUUUGAAGUCUUUAAUAUAUAUAUAUUUUUUCCUCUUGGAGAUGUUCAAAAGUUGUUCUUAUAGGGCUUGUGCAUUGCACUUCUGGUCCACAAAAAUCACGAAGGGAAACGAUAAGAAGAAACCACCUUUCCUGCAAUUUUAUUUACAGUUUGAUUCUGUGUUAGUUUCUCAGUUCAGUUUUUUUUAUACCAUACAUUUUAUCUCACAAUCGUUUUUGUGGCAUAGCAUCUUAUGCAGCUGUUUUCUUUGACGAAAAGAAGAUCAUGUUAUUGCUUGGUGUGGUGGAUAAUCAAGGAAACCUUUAGACCAAGAGUCCAACUCUGGGUGUUAAGUGUAUUUUACGAUUGUAUUGUGGGUUUUGGUCUUUCGUUUUUCCUUCUUUAGUAACAUCAUAGAGAUUCUGACAUGAGCUUUCUCAGAUUUUGUUUGUUUAUUGUUUCUCGAAGCAUAAUUGGUGUGCGUAAACUUGAAUUUAAAACGUCUCGCUUUUACUUAGCAAAAAAGGAUAUGGCACGUACUGGUUUAUGACA